AUGACGAUUGAAAGAGCCAAUCACCAUCUCGCUCGCUCGCAACCUCGUCUUCCUUUGGAUUUCGAGAAUAAGAAGCGGAUGCGCGAAGGCUCUUCCAAACACUCCCUGUCUUAUUCCUAUCUGCAAGUGUCAGAGCCCAGCCAGAGGCUGCCCCACUUUCUCUUCAUGGUCCACCUGGAUGACCAGCCCAUCGCUCGCUAUGACAACCAAACCAGGAAGCUUGCAGUUUUGGGCUGUGAACUCCGGGAAGAUGGGAGCCAAGAAGGCUAUUUCCACUAUGGCUACGAUGGGAUGGACUUCAUCAGCUUCGACAAGGAGACCUUCAGAUGGGUGACAGCUCAGCCCCAGGCCCAGAGGGUUGAGGAGAAGUGGGAGGAUGAUCCAGGUUGGUUCCAGGAGAAUAAACACUUCCUAGAGGACAACUGCAUUGUGUUGAUGAAGAAAUACUUGUCCGAUGGGAAGGAAGCUCUUCAGAGGACAGAGCCCCUGGUGGGGAAGGUGACCCGCAAGGUGGUCAAUGAGAGAUUGGAGGUCCUCAUCUGCCAGGCCUUUGGCUUCUACCCAAAGGAGAUUCAGGCCACCUGGACGAGGGAUGGGGAAGUCUGCCAGUAUGAGACCCUCCAUAGGAACGUGGCUCCCAACUCGGACGGGACCUAUUAUGUCCUGCUCAGCAUUGAGAUUGACCCCAAGGAGAGGGACCAUUUUCUGUGUCACCUGGACCACGAAGGCUUGCAGGAGCCCCUGGUCUUGGCCUUGAAGGAGGAGCCUGAUGAUAAACUGCAGCAUCCAGCCAGAGAGAGAUUUGCUCUGCUGGGGAUCAUCCCUGUUGUCCUGUUGCUGCCUCUGAUGCUGUUCCUCCUGAGACGAAACCUGCCUCCUUCUGUCACUUCACGUGGAGUGGAUGAAACAGACAUGGAAUAA